UGUUAUAUUAGGAUAAAAAUUUUACUAAUCGAAGUACCUGUUAUAAUAUAUGGAAUUUAUUGUGAAUGAAAUACAGUGUCUAGAAUUUGGAUAUUAUUAUUAAAUAAGGAGGAAUUGAAGCUUUUGUGUAUAUAUUUCUGUUGAAUAAAGAUUUAACUUGAAAGGUAUUAAAGAUAAAGUAAAUUUUACAAGGUGCAAUAAUGAGUGUCCGAAAGGCAGGUGGAGGUGACAAGAAAGAACAUCUGUAUAAAAUAUUGGUAAUAGGUGAGCUAGGGACAGGUAAAACAUCAAUAAUCAAACGAUAUGUACAUCAGUUCUUUUCUCAACACUACAGAGCAACUAUUGGUGUAGAUUUUGCCUUAAAGGUCAUUAAUUGGGACGCUGAGACCAUAGUGAGGCUGCAGUUAUGGGACAUUGCAGGUCAAGAAAGGUUUGGAAAUAUGACUAGGGUGUAUUAUAAAGAGGCAGUGGGAGCAUUUAUUGUGUUUGACUUGACUAGAGCAUCAACAUUUGAUGCUGUUACAAAGUGGAAAAAUGACCUUGACCUCAAAGUUCAACUUGCAGAUGGGAGACCUGUGCCAUGUGUUCUUUUAGCCAAUAAGUGUGAUCAACCUAAAGAAGGAUUAAUGAAUAACACAUCUCAGAUAGAUGAAUUUUGUAAAGAGAAAGGGUUCAUUGGUUGGUUCGAAACAUCAGCAAAGGAGAAUAUAAAUAUUGAUGAAGCAGCUAGAUUUUUAGUUACUCAGGUUUUACAGAAUGAUAAGGCGAUGAAAUCUGAAGACUCAAAGGAUCGAGAUAAAAUAACACUAGAUGAUACUGAUGGGGCGGAUAAUAAAGAGAAAAAAGGAUGUUGUUCAUGAAAAACAACAACAACAAUUCUAAUUAAUAUUUAAAUUACAAACUUGGUAUAACAGUAUCUUUAAGUAAGGCCAAGUAAAAAGGUUGUUUUAUAAGAAAAUGUUUGUUUAAGGUCAUGUUAAAGAAAAAAGAAAAGAGACGAGAUGAAAGGUUUAACUUUUUAGACUUAUUGUAAAAAUGAAGAAAUUGAGUGAAAAUGGAUAUGAUUUCAAAGUUUUGUUAUAAUCAAUAUUAAGUUGAAAAAAUAUUUCUAGGAAGUUGUAGAAUGAUAUUCUUCUAACUGCAAUCAAGUGUCUUUAAAGCCAUAUUUUGCCAUUGGAGGACAAAUAUAUAUGCAAUACAUAGGUGCUGUUCUUCCAUUCUGUAUGGGUAUUGCCCUGGGGAUGUUAAUUUAAGUCUUAAAAAAUGACAAUAAAGCAAACAACAGUAAUUUUAAUCUUUAAUGUGCAGUUAUUGUUUAAAAAUUGUAAAAACAGCAAUAGAAGAAAAUUGUUUGUAUUUUUUUUUGUACUAUGGAAUAUUAUUUCAGAUUUUUUUUUACUGAAGGCUGUAUAUACCCAUUUGGAGUAAAAUUUAUGGAGAGUGUCAAAGUUGCCAAGAUUUCUACAAGCUGACUGGAAUAUAACUUUAUAAAAAUGGGAAUAACAGAUUUGUAUAAAUGCACAUUGAUUUUAUGUUUUUUGUAGGAACUGAUUUGUUUUUAUCAUUUUAGAAAAUAUAAAGUAAAAUACUCA